AUGGAAGAGAAGUCAGGCACAGAAAGGAUGAUAGACAGAUCAGAAGAAGAGAAGGUAGAAGGGAAGUCUGAUACAGAAGAAAUUAUAAACUCAUCAGAGGUUAACAAGGUGGAGGAGAGGUCAGAUACAGAAGAGAAAAUAAACACAUCAGAGAAAGACAAGGAGAAAGAGAAGCCGGAUACAGAAGAAAUGAUAGAUACACCAGAGGAGGACAAAAUGAAAGAGAAGUCAGGUACAGAAGGGAAGAUAGACACAUCAGAGAAAGGCAAGGAGGAAGAGAAUUCACAUUCAGAAGAAAUGAUAGAUACACCAGAGGAAGACAAAAUGGAAGAGAAGUCAGGUAAUAUUAAGAAGAUAGACACAUCAGGGAAAGACAAGGAGGAAGAAAAGCUGGAUACGGAAGAAAUGAUAGAUACACCAGAGGAAGACAAAAUGGAAGAGAAGUCAGGUACAGAAGGGAAGAUAGACACAUCAGAGAAAGGCAAGGAGGAAGGAAAAUCAGACAUAAAUAAGAAGAAAGAAAUUCCAGAAGCAGAGAAAGAGAAGAAAAAAUCAGAUGUAUUAAAGAGGAUAGAGCAAUCAGAGGAAGACGGAAAUGAAAAGGCAUACAUGGGAAAUAAAAUAGAGACAUCAGAUGCUGAAAAACAGGUGAAAAAAGAAGAUGUAGAGAAUAAGAUUGAUACUUCAAAUGAAGAAAAAGAGGAAAAGUCGGCCAUUGAAAAUGAGAUACAGAUUUCAAAGGAAGAAAACCAGGAGGAAAAAUUAAACAAAGAGAUAGGGAAAGAGGAAAAUUUAGAGACACGAAAAGAGGAUGCAGAAACAGAGACAAAGAAGGAGGAAAAAUUGCAAACAAUCAAGGAAGAAAGAAUGAAAGCAGGAAAAAAGGUGAUAAAUCUAGAUAUGGAGGUUGACAUCAAGUACACCCAGGAAAGACAACCUUUCUGGUACAGCUUCCUCUGUGGAACAUGUUUAUCUAAGAAGGAAAAGCAGAAGAAAAGGAAAGAAAUAAAGAACAGAACAGAGAGAAUGGGAUUUUUGGAGAGGCUGAGAAAGCUUUUUAAGAAUUAA